AUGCCGAAGAGUUGUUCUGCGUACAACUGUACCAAUAGAUACAGCAGCAAGAAUCCGGAUCUCACCUUUCAUAGGUUUCCCUUUAGUAAGCCAUCAGUACUGAAGCAGUGGCUUGAUAACAUUGGCCGUGAGGACUUCCAGCCCAAGAGACACAUGGUGAUCUGCUCACACCAUUUCACCUCGGACUGCUUCAGCGGCCUAGGCAACCGCAAGAAUCUGCUGUGGAACGCUGUGCCCACCGUCUUUACAUUCCCUCCAUCCAACACAAAGGUUCUUGGGCCCUUUGAUCACAGCUAUGCGCUCACUGAUCCUAUUGAGACCAAGGCUCGCCUCUUUAGCACCCUGGAUAUCAACAGACAGCUUCACAAGAGGUUAAAGAUCAAGUGUCAGGUGAUCCGGAGGAUGAGGCUGAAGCUGUGUGCUGCUCGCCAGGAGCUGGCAAGUCUGCGUGCUGGGAGGAGCAUCAUGGUCACAUGUGGCACUGCCCUGUAGACCACAGGAAGUGACAUGCGUGUCACUAAGAACAGGACUCCACACACUGCCCUGGUGUGGAUUUUCUG